AAUAAUAAUAAUGGAUUUUUAAAAGUCUGUUCGUUAAAUACUGAUUUUAUUAACGAAAUACAAAUUUAUUUAUUUUCAAAAGCAGUUUAGUUGGAAAUGCUGAAUGACAUGUCUAUAGUUCAGUAUUGUCAACAGGUGAAUAAUUAUUGGAACAAGAAAAAUGGUACUAUGCUAGCGGAAUGGCUAUCACUGAGACAUCCUCAUGCUUAUAACAAAAAUAUAUGGACUGCUAAACCUGAAAAUAAUAUACCCGGAUACAUUGAUGAGUAUCUUGGUGAACUUAUGUGCGCCCACAUAAGGUGCAUUCAUGCAAUAUCAGAAGGAGAUGCAGCUCUGGCUUAUAAUGAACAAAGCAAUGCGGUUCAAGUUUUCAUUAGAAUAUUUCAGUACUACAAAGAAGAAAACUGGCUUCUUCCUGUAAUGAAUACAAUAUGCCUGGAACUAAGAUUGAUUGCAGGAAAAGUUGAAUCUCUUCCAGUCAAAGGGAGUCAUAACAGUGCAAUCAAACCUCGUGAAGCUCUGGAGAAAGCAGCAGAGACAUUGAUGACUUGCUUUAGGAUAUGCUCCUCUGAUAACCGUUCUUCUGAGCAAGAUACUAAAAGGUGGGGGAUGUUGUCACUGGUUAAUCAAUUGUUUAAGUUAUACUUCCGAAUCAAUAAGUUGCAUUUAAUGAAGCCACUAAUUAGAGCCAUAGAUUCUUCUCCACUCAAGGAAAAAUUUCCUCUUAGCCAACAAGUUACAUAUCGCUAUUAUGUUGGAAGGAAGGCCAUGUUCGACAGUGACUAUAAUUUAGCUAAUGAAAAUUUGACUUUUGCCUUCCAGUCAUGUCAUAAGAUGUCCAAGAAGAAUAAACAUUUGAUUUUAAUUUAUUUGGUUCCACUUAAAAUUUUAUUGGGUUACUUACCUAAAAGAAGUUUGUUAGAAAAAUAUGAUUUGCUUCAGCUUUGGGAAGUUGGUGAAGCAGUAAGGUGUGGAAAUUCAAGGAAAUUGACUGAAGCUAUUGAGGUACAUCAGGAAUUUUUUAUAAAAACAGGAAUCUACCUUAUCUUGGAACGCUUAAGGCUAGUUACUUAUCGGAAUCUUUUCAAAAAAGUGUUUUUAAUUACCAAGAACAGUGUGGUGCAGCUUGAAGAUUUAUUGACAGCUCUAAGGUUUUCUGAGAGUCCAGACAUAGAAUUAGAAGAAGCCAAUUGCAUUCUCGCUAACUUAAUUCAUCAAGGAAAAGUUAAAGGAUAUAUAUCUCACUCACAUCAGAAAGUUGUAUUCAGCAAAACAGAUGCUUUCCCAAAACUUAGUUCUCUAACUUAAUUGUCUAUUUGUUUUACAUUUUUUAUUGGAUUAGACUGCUAAGUGAGGUGUACAUUUUGAAAUACAUAAUUUGUUUUUAAUUUUAUAAUCAUGUUUUUGUGACUAUCUUAAAAAAACAACAACCAAAAACAAUCCAAUCAUAUUAUUUUUGUUUGAUAAACUAUUGUUUCUACAAAAAUAAUUGGCAAAAU